AUGGAAGUCAAUGGUGAACCAGAUAUAGCUGGUAUUUUAAGCGCGGCUUUAAUGCCAUUGAAAGAUAUGAAACAUGCAGAUAUUUUGGACCAGUAUGAAAUGAACAUGGCUGAUGGAAAUAUAACACCUGACGUUCUAAAACAUUUAUCUCAAAGAACUACACAGAACCAUAGAGAUGGUAUAUUUGGUGAAGAGUUUAGAAAGAAAGUUAGGGAGAUAGAAGGAAGAGAACCUAUUGUACAUGACCUUGCAAACGAAAGUUUACAAAAUGUCAUAAAAACUUACUUUGCAGACAAUGAACCGAGAAGGGAUGAAUAUUUAAGAAAACUCAAAUGGACAGUACCAAAUGAAAUGUUAGUAUUGAAAAACAUGUUCCUUGACAAAAUAAAACCAACUACAGAAAUAAACGACGCAAGACUGAAAGAUUGGGUAAAAGCUUUCCCAUUCACAAAGGAUAUUAUUGGUAACAUGGAAAGAAAACCAGAAUGGCUACAAAAACAUAUAUUUGGAAACGAGCAUAUUCCAUAUGGACAGGCACUGUUUGAAGAGCUUGAACCGGAAACUCAGGAAAGAGUCAUGCAAACAAUACGCGAAGACUCAAAUACAGACUAUGACAAACUCUUUCUAGGAUAUAGGUUACCUGAGAUGGGCGACCAGAGCCCAAAGGCAAAAAGGACAUGGGAAAUUUACAACAUACUAGGUGAACAUGAGGCAAAGAUGCAACAACUUGAAGCAGAGGGCAAUGAAGGAAAAAGAAGAGUUAAAAACUCAGUCAGGAAGAAAGUAAAGCUUGGUCCAGUGGGUUCUAUUAUGACAUAUAAAUCCAACUAUUCUAUAUUUUUACUCAUAUGA